AGCAAUCAGUUUAGUUAUACACUUUAACAUCAAAAAGAAACAAAAAUUCAAGAGGAAAACAUUACAAAAUGGAACAUAAUUUUACCGAUGAGCAAAACGAAGAGGUCGUCUAUUAUACCGAUGAAGAAACCACUGAGGCAAUGGACUUUAUCAAAGAGCAUCAAUUGCCCAUGUCCGAGUUGCUUUAUGCCUUGAAAUAUGUCCGCAUAUUGCAUGGCCCAGCCACAGGAACGGAUGAACAACUGAUGGAUGUGCAACAAGCACCAACAAUAUCACCGCCUUCUCCACCAUUAUAUUCCAUGCAGUUUGCAGUUAGUCCCACUGAACCAGUGUCAAUGAGAAAGGCGCCAUAGUACAAAUGGGUUCAGAGCGUUGAAUCCUUGGUAAUCAGAAACAACAAGACAUUGCAUCCAAUCAAGGAAACAACAUUCACAAAGUGAUAUUUAAUAAUUUUACUAAAGUUGUGCAAAAGCUUAUUAGACAAAUUUAACUCAUUAAAAAUAGUCCUUGUAGUUAUCAAAAGCAAGAGUACUUAGAUGCAAUUUUGAACAGAAA